AUGCAGCCUGUCUCGCGCCCUUACUCGCCUUAUCAAAAUAGUUCCUCGCCAACUGGCAUCGCUCUGCCCCCUGCGAAAAGACCGCGCCUUUCACCCAACCCUCAGUCACCUCAUACCGCUCAGAGUCCAUAUCCUCCGCCUUCCGCUCUUCCCGAGAGUCCUUACGCCAACUACUUGCCCAUGACUGCUGGCAGUCCCCCCGCUUUCAAUGCGCCUCAACCCUACGCUCCUUCACCCAUGCCUGGCGCCAUGGGGCCUCCUCCACGACCCACACAGGAAAAGGCUGAGAAAGAGGACAAGGAAAAGAUCACCGAUAUCAGCGACGUCACUGAUGUCUUCCACGGUUCGGGUAUCGAUCUGAGGGAAGAAGAAAACUACAUGACCAGCACCUACAGGAACAUGCACAAGAACCCUUCCUUCAACACCUCGUUUGGCUCGAACACGACUAUUGCGUCACCGAACAAUAGCUUUGGUCUGGUCUCGCAGGGCAGUUUUGGUAAUCAGCCUGCUUUUGCGGGGAGCGGUCCCAUCUCGCAACCACCAGUAUCGCAAGAAUCUGUCAAGGAUGAGCUCGACCAGAAACACCGCGCUGCAGCACUUGCGCACAACGAAAAGCGUCAGCAGCACCUGAACGACCCGUUCUUACAAGCCAACAACAUUCGUCAUCGUAUGCACCGCAUUGCUUAUGAUCAAGGCGUUGCCCUGAACGUGGAAGGACUGUAUGACAAAUUGCCCGAACGACCACAGGGUAUUCAGGGUGUCUCGGCGACGGGUCCCAACGGUACAGCUGCAGCCGUCAAAGCGCAUGGAUUGCUUCAAGAGACGGCGCCUCUGGCUGAAAUUCUUACUCUUGUAUCGCUUGCUGCAAACGAGAGAGUCCGCUCUUUGGUUGAUGAAUCAUAUGCUGUUGCUCGUGGCAGACGUUAUGGCAGCCAUGGAGUUGUNCCCCCGAACUUGUCAGAUCUUGCGAUUGGUGAGAACGAAUCGGCAGCUGUGGCUGAGGUACCACGCAUCACGAAUUCUGCUUGGGAGAAGGUGUCUGAAGACAACGUCGGCGGCAUUGAGGGUGGCGUGGUGAAAGCCGAAACACCCGGUAAGUAUUUCGUAUGUUGUAGCAUGGGAUCUGUCGCUAACGUGCAAGCUCANGAAAGCAAAUCACUACCAACGAAGUCAUUUUCUUCAGCUAUCUCUACACAUCUACUGGAGCUGGCCAAACGAGAUCGGGAUGCCGAGCGCGAACGUGUCCGCAAGCGCCAGGAACGUGCAAAGCGCGCCAACUCUACAGCGAAUGCCGACGGUAUCAACGGCAACGAUGCAACAGUCGGGCCUGCGACACCCUCUUCAGUGGCCGCUCCAUCCUCCACAGAUGCUUCUGGUGCUGCCCCAGAAAAGCCCAUGACUAAGAAGGAACGUGAACGACAGGCCAAGAUGGGCCAGACCGAAGAAGUACUGCACAAGAAUUCCAACACUACCGCCGCCCUGCAAUUAGGCAUGGGCAAGAAAAAGAAGUAUAGUUGGUUGACUGGUGGUGCACCAGCGGCCCCUGUGAAUCCUUACAAGCAGACCCCCAAGUCUACUUCAGCCAGCGCAGCAACAAAUGGCAAUGGCGGCGGAAGGAGUUCUUCGAGUGGCGGCAAUGGCACAGACAAGGCGCUACAGGUACGUGAAAGAAAGUGGGGAAGUUGGAGAGAAGAUGGCGUGGAAGGUAGAGGCAUCCAGAUCAGAGACUGGGUUGUUGUACUCGAGAGAGACGGCAAAGAGAAGAAGGCACUUCAGAAGAGCUUGCUGAAGCUCGAGAGUUCGGGAGAGUGA